CAGAUAUUGAUAGCCCACCGUGAUUGCUCAAAAUUGAGUAACCACGCAAACGCGCUUCCCUAGUUCCCCUUCCACCACUCAAACUCCCACCGAGAGCAUCCGAUUAGACAAGAAAAGCGAGCUAAUCGUCGUCCUCAAUGGAGAAAGCCGACGUCUUCUUGGGUUUACACGACUUCCUCGACCGGAUGAGGCAGUCGUCUGCCGCCGAUUUAGUCAAAUCCAUCAAAAGCUUCAUUGUUUCAUUUUCGAACAAUGCACCGGAUCCUGAAAGGGAUAGUGCUCUUGUACAUGAGUUUUUUGGCCAAAUGGAGGCAGCUUUCAGGGCUCAUCCGCUUUGGGCAGGCUGUUCGGAGGAGGAGUUAGAGAGUGCGGGCGAAGGCCUCGAGAAGUAUGUAAUGACAAAGUUAUUUACCCGUGUAUUUGCUUCACUUCCAGAUGAUGUAAAAGCUGAUGAACAACUUUCUGAGAAGAUGUCUUUGAUUCAACACUUCGUUCGUCCUGAAAAUUUGGAUAUUAAGCCACCCUUCCAGAAUGAAACAUCUUGGCUGCUUGCACAGAAAGAGCUACAGAAGAUCAAUAUGUACAAGGCACCAAGAGAUAAACUUGUGUGCAUCCUCAACUGUUGCAAGAUCAUAAACAAUUUACUGCUUAAUGCUUCUAUUGCUUCGAAUGAGAAUCCUCCUGGAGCUGAUGAAUUCCUUCCUGUUCUAAUUUAUGUUACCAUGAGGGCAAAUCCUCAACAGCUGCACUCAAAUUUGUUGUACAUACAGCGGUAUCGGCGUCCAUCUCGGUUGGUGGGGGAAGCAGCAUAUUUUUUUACAAACAUGCUUUCUGCAGAGUCUUUCAUAUCCAACAUUACUCCAACAUCUAUCUCAAUGGAAGAAACUGAGUAUGAAAAGAACAUGGAAUUGGCUCGAGCACUUGUCUCAACAGGUCCUUCAACUGAAGGUGUUACAACACUAGGUGCAAGUAAUAUUGUCAAACCUGAAUUCAGGCAUCAUCAGGCUUUGCAGGAGAGGAACUCUUCACUUCUACCCAGAACUGCAGAGACUAGGUCUAGAACUAAGGAUGCAGAAAGUUCAAAAGACGAGGUAUCGUCAUUGGAUAAGGUUCCGUCGCUGUCGGAUAUAGAGAACAGAGGAGCUGCUCUCAUUUUGAAGGAGGACAUGGCAAGUCAAGUUUUUCGAGAGUACCCGUACUUGUAUUCUCAAGUUGGUGAUCUAACAAUCAAUGACGUGGAAGAGCUGCUGAACUCCUACAAACAGCUGGUUUUCAAGUACGUUUGUGUCUGUAAAGGUCUGGGUCGUGGUGGUGGAGAUGGUGGCGAAUCUCUUCUUUCCAGCUCCAGUAAUCGAGAAACUGUGCAGAACAAUGUGGAACCCUUGAAGAACCGUCAAGAGGCUGAAACAGUAGUAGAACAGAGUUUUGAGCAUGACAAACAAGAUAACAGUUUGAUUGCAGAAUCAAAGCCUCUGGAUAUCGAUCCAUUGGCAAGUAAAAAUGAGGAGCAUGAAGAGGCAGAGCCAGGAAAGCAUGAAAACCCAGAGGAAAGAGUGGCUCCUGAGUAGGAAUCGGCGAAAAUCUCGGUCAUAUAGCUCAUUGAGAAAUCACUUUUGCACACAAGGGUGAUAAGAACCUGGGCGAGCAUAUGUUUUAACAUUUUACAGUUGGCACUUGGCACAAGCUUUAUUAUUGAUGAUACAAAUGUUUCGACUUUCGAGCUAUUCGUGUUGGGUAUAACGUGUUCUAAAGUUGUUGUUAGUUCAACACUUCAACUAGCGUUUUGUGUUUAGUAAUGUUGUUAACUGGUUGCAGAUGUAACGUGAUCAUAGCUCAGUUCUGUACUAUGUUUCCCUGGCAUUUCCCCCCAAACUACUGUGACCUGGUACCAAAAUAUAAUUCUUAUUAUCACUCUACUAGUAAAAUUUCC